AUGUCAAGGCGAUCCAUACGAAGCCAGUUUAUCAGACUUCGUUGUAGAUNGCUACUAGCAAUUAACAUAGCUAAAUCUUAUAAGACUGCACCAACGGAGGCCCUCUUGGUCAUCAACCGUACUCUGCCAAUCGAUCUCAAGAUCAAAGAAAAUUAUAUCAAAUAUAAUCUCUGCAAGCUAGCCAACAACCUCAUUAACAUGGAACAAUUCUGUACUACGGUUGCCAAAGAAGUAUACAAUACGGACUUUUGUACACUCGCUAAUCUAGUGAAUACCAACGGUAUAGAUAAGUGCUUCACGCAUCAGCCAAUUCAUCCUAGCCUAACCUUCAUUGACCCUUCCGGGAACUAUCACAGUGAUAAUCGGACAAUUAGCAUUUUCACUGACGGGUCCUACUCCGAACUUGGGGUGGGCUGCGCCAUGGUAGUUCACAAAGGAAAUCAUUGUCUCCAUCAGUGGAGCAGGAACCUUGCCUCUCACUGUACCAUUAAUCAGGCGGAGUCCUACGCCAUUUACAAUGCCAUCAACUGGAUAGUAAAUAAUCAACAUAAGUGGCUCAACCAUAACUUCUGCAUUCUCAGUGAUAGUCGGACAGCAAUCCAGCAAAUCAUUAAUGCCAAUAACAUGCUUCCUAUCGUAAAGGACAGCAUAAACAAAUUACAGGGUCUACAAAGAAUAAACAUCAGGGUCGCUAUACAAUGGGUCAAGGGGCACUCUGGGAACGCAGGGAACGACAGGGCAGACCUUCUCGCUCGUAUUGCCCCUACCAGGGCCACCAACUUCAGCUACCAUAAAAUCAGCAAUAGACGUCUUCGCAAACUGACGCAUGACAUAAUUUUGAAAACAUGGAAAAUAAGGUGGGACAAUUGCACAACUGGUAGGCUGACCCACAGAUUCUAUCCUUCACCAACGGAUAGUCUCAGUCACCCCCUCUUCCCCUCCUUCCAAGUCACGCAGCUACUGACGGGGCACGGGAACUUGAACUCUUACCUAAAGAGGUUCCUUCAUAAAUCAAAUGGGCUCUGCAAUUGUGAUAUGAAUGAAGACGAAGACGCAUCAUAUCAUUUUCUUGUGCCCCUUCUACAGGACACAGAGAAAGACACUUGCUCAAGUAAUCAACAACAACGGCAUCCACUGGCCCUGUGA